AUGGCAACCUCCCAGCUUAACCAAAAAACCUUUACCGGCGCCGGUGACCUUAUCAAAAUCCUCCCCACCGGCACCGUCUUCCUCUUCCAAUUCCUCAGCCCAGUCCUCACCAACAGCGGCCACUGCGAGCCCGUCAACAAAGUCCUCGUCCUUGUUUUCGUCAUCCUUUGUGGUCUCUCUUGUUACCUCUCCUCCUUCACCGACUCCUACGUCGCCUCUGACGGUACCAUUCAAUGGACCAUCGUGACGCCGUCUGGCAUGUGGCCAACACCGCCAACGUCAGACUCGUUGGACUUAUCGGCAUACAAGCUUCGGCUAGGGGAUUUCGUCCAUGCGACAUUUUCGGCAGCGGUGUUUGCGGUUUUGGUGGUGAUGGACUACAAUAUAGUGUUGUGCUUCUUCCCCAGCUUGGUGGAGCAACAUAAGGUAGUCGUACAAGCUCUGCCGCCGGUGGUUGGUGCGGUUUCGAGCGUUGUGUUCGUCACGUUCCCUAAUACUCGCCAUGGCAUAGGGUACCGUUCUACUUCAACGACCACAGGAGUUCCGAAAGCAACUUCUAUUGCCUAAUAUGUUUCUCUCGUCCAUCGGUGGCUACACCAUCUCGUUGACUUUAAACCUCGUUGUAAAAAUUGCAUGUUUGCAUUAUUUUAUGUUGUAAGAGAA